UUGUAUUGCUUGGGUACUGAGAAAACUGAGGAUUUGAAGAAAACUAAGUACCUACAGUAAAUCUCAAUUUAGUAAAUAAAUAUAAAAUGGCAGAGGCUAAUGAAAACGAGGAAAAUCCUCUGGACAUUGACGGCAGCCAUUUCAACUCUGAUAUGUAUUUGGAACGCCUUCUAAAAUUUGCCAAUUUAAGACAAAUAAUGGACAAAGAGGCCGAAAUAGUCACACAGAGUCAGUUUCUUCAGUCGGAAAUGCAGACAUUAGUCUACGAGAACUAUAACAAGUUUAUAUCGGCCACUGAAACUGUUCGGAAAAUGAGAUCAGAUUUUAAGAUUAUGCAGGAGGAAAUGAACAAGCUUAGUGAAAACAUGAACAAAAUAACAUCGUUUAGCGCACAGAUAUCAGAUUCUUUAAAAGAAAGUGGUAAUAAUGUUAGUAGAUUAUGUGGAACACGACAACUGUUGGAUAAACUUCAAUUUCUGUUCCUUCUUCCGAGCCAGCUGAAUAAAGCGAUUGAGGAAGGGCGCUACUCGGACGCCGUUCACGACUACACACAUGCCCAGCGAGUUCUGCAGAAAUAUGGAAACCAGCCAUCAUUCCAAAGCAUUCAAACAGAAUGUUCCGAAAUAAUUGAUGGAUUGAAGAAAACCUUGAGGGAUAGGCUUUUGAGUCCCGAUACAACCGCUUCAGAGUUAGCUGAAAGCGUAGGAUUGUUAAGACAGCUGCAAGAAACUGACUCCACUCUUCAAGACAUAUUUUUGAACUGUUCUGAAAGCCGCCUAGACCAACAUUUGCAAGCUUUGAGUGGCAUGGUGGACAGUACAGAUAUUUUGGAAUGGGUGGAACACUGCAAUAACACCCUCUUAGCCGACUUAGGCAUAGUCAUAUCCUGCUACCAUGAAAUGUUUCAGGAAAAAGACAAUACAAACUUGCCUGAUUUUGCUGAUAAAGUCAUGACUCAAGUAUUCCAUCUUUUUGAAGAAGUGGUUAAAAGACCAGAGAACAUUGGUACAGAGAUUCUUAUUAGAGGAUUGGAUAAAUUCUUUAGAAAACUGCAGGCAAUGACAGAGAUUAUACUGAGUGACGGCAUGUCUAACAAAGCUGUUGACACUGUUGUUCAAUGCAUUAACCAUAAGGCUACAAUACAGUACCAGUCCAUUCAGGCCCAAUUUAAAGAGAGUCUCAUGAAAGUUAGGCAGUCGCUUGCAAGCAAGGGCGCAGAGAGCCCUGAUCUUAAAGAGAUUCUAAACUCCCUUCAGGUUUAUCUAAUGCAGAAAAUACAAGCUUCCUUAUUAGACUUGAUGGCAUUUCUACAAAAUAACCUAUCAUUUGGGCUUAAGCCAUGGUGUGCAAAGGCUGUAGCAGAUAACUGCUGGGUUAUAAUCUCAGAAUCCAUGGCAAAUCUGUCAGAUACAGUUAAAAAAAUGGCUUGCCUGCAGUCCAACAACAACAUUCCAUUUGAAUUACUCCUGAUUUUAGCCAAACUUUGUUUAGACAUGCAGGAUAAUGGAGUAAACACUUUGCAUACUCAUCUGUUGAAGCUCUUAGAGGAGUCGGCACCGGGGUUAACAGUAGAGAACAAAGAUACUAAUAGUAUAAUGGUGCAUCUAUCAACAGCGGCACAGACUGCAUUAGAUUCUGAAGUUGUUUAUAUAGGACAGACUGCAGCACAAAUGUUGCGAGUGUCUGUGUUAGCUAGAGACUGGCUCCGCGCUCCGGAGCCGCGAGGUCCGCGAGCAGUCUGCAGGAGGGUCGUAGAGACACUUGCAAGUGCAGACAGUGCCGCUUCACAACUAUUUCCAACCAGCAUGAAGCAAUCCAGCGACUCCAGCCGUAGAACUAUCUGGUCGCGCGCGCCUUCAUCAUUCUCACCUAUAAAUAGGAUUUUCUCUGAGAGAAUUGAGGUGUUUAGUCCAGCAGGGGCUGAUAGAGCAGCAUUAUCAAAUGGAGCCCUCAAAGUGGCCCUAAAGGCCUUAGUGGAGUGCGUAAGAUUGCGCACUUUCGGCCGCCAUGGCUUGCAGCAAUUGCAAGUUGAUAUACAUUUUCUACAACAAAGAUUAUCUUGCAUGGGGAAUGACGAGAGACUCCUGAACGCUCUUCUAGAGGACGCUUUAGCCUCAGCACAGUUAAGAUGCGUGGAUCCUCAACUCAUGGAGCCUAGCAUUGUUGACAUCAUUUGUGAAAGAGGGUAGGAGAAAUAGGAUAAGAGAAAAAGGAACGGAAUUAGUUAUUAUUUAUUGUCAUAAACUACAAAUUAUAAACAUGUUGGUAUAAUUAUAUAUUCCAUUGAAAAUAAACACAUGAACUAUU